AUGCGGCUGGCAGCGAUCUUCGCGGCACCAGCUCUGGGCCAAAAUUACUUUUACUCGGACUAUGGUCUUUUCGGCUCCUCAAAUAAUGGUGCCAAGUUCGGUUCAACCUACACCUCCGCAGAGAACACCAAGCAAGCACAAGGCAACGGUAAAUUCUGCCACUCAACCGCGGACAAGCUGAUCUACCGAUGGGAUCGCUCAAAGUACGGCUACUUCAGCUACUACAACCGAGUUGAGUGCGUCGGCGAAGAGUUCUACUGCUUCAUCGAAGAGCGCGCCCACUUCGGCCAAGUCUACGGAAUCAAAGCCGGCUGCGCGCAAAUGAUGAACCAUCCUCAAGUCAAGCGACCCACAACGCCUGCCCUGCAACAGUGGAACAAUCGGGAAGCUGGCCGAGGCCGCGGGUUCAAAAACAGCGGUGACAGCGACACACUCAACGUCUUCUACGGCGUCGGUGGCUGUAUGGCCAUGUCAGCGCAAAAUCAGCAAGAUCAUCUUGACAGCAGCGUUGAUACCUUCAACAACAACAACUACCACAAGCAAUUCGACUGGUAUCAGGCCCAAUGCUUGCGGCUUGAAACGAAUGCAGAUAAUUCCAAACAGAAAGAUCUCCUUCCUUUUGGCGUCUCUGUCUGCCGAGCCUGCUGCAUUGCCGGAGCUGAUGUCGAAACGGACUACAGCGCAAACAACAAGAAUCCCUGUAACUUCCUUCCAUAUGCUAGCUCUGGUGAGCCAGCCAUCCCAACAUAUGGCAACUUCGAUUGCUUCGUGAACGCAAAUCAAACAACUGCCUGCGUUACCAACACCGCCGUCGACGACUGCCUUAUCUGCAACAAGGAGAUCGUCCCAUCCCUCGAAAUGAUCAGCUACUCAAGCACUGCUCCCGUCAGUCUUUUCACCGCCGCCGCGAACCAUGCUUGCGCCACUUCUCCAUGCACCCCUGCUGUCAACAAAGUCAGAGGACGCGACAUCUGA